GCUGGCACUCAUUAUGCCACGUCAUCUAACAAAUAUCAUCUGUUUCAGGAAAUACAAAACGACAGUCGACAAAUCAAAUUUGUCCAAUACAAGCUUUUACUUAGUCUCCAAGGAAGGGAACUGGCAAGCCGCAAAAUCAAAUACGAAUACACAAGACAACAAACUUUCUUCGUGCAUAUACAAGACACAAAACCCUCAUUAUGGGUGUUGAUGUUUGGACGCGGCGUAUGUAAAUCUUGAGCUUUUUCUUCUCCAAUUUGACUAUACUGUUUCAUCUACUAUCGAGCCUCAAGAAUCAUGGGUAAGCAGAGUCGAGGGAAUUGUGGAGAAAGUGGAAGUACCAGCAGAUCGGGAAGGAGACGCAAUGGGAGGGACUCAGUGGAGGAUACUCUUGCCAAGUGGAAACAACUUCGGUUUCAAUUGGUUGGACAUGGCGGAAACCAGAAGCUCCCAGUUAAGAUUCAGGCUAAGGGUUCCAAGAAAGGAUGUAUGACAGGGAAAGGUGGACCUCAAAACUCGUCUUAUGGCUACAGAGGGGUGCGGCAGAGGCGGUGGGGCAAAUGGGUUGCUGAGAUUCGCGAACCAAUCAGCAUGGACGAAGUCUGUACUGGUAAACCCGGUAGGCUUUGGCUUGGUACUUUCUCCACCGCUCAUGAAGCUGCUCUUGCUUACGAUCAUGCUGCUACUGCCAUGUACGGUCCUUUUGCUCAUCUCAACUUUCCCAAUCCUUCCGUUGAAGCGCUGGAUAAUUCAUCUGAUAAACUGGGUUCAUCUUCUUCCGCUACUGCGACAACCCAUCAUCUGAUUCCGAUUCUACAUCUCUAACACUGAGGA